AUGGCAGCAGUUGACAUUAAAGCCGAAUUGGACGAAGUUCACGGGGACUCUGCACCAGCGUUGAAGACUGUUUAUUUUUGGAUUAAUGAAUUCAAAAGAGGCCGGACAUCAACCAAGGAUGAAACGCGCUCCGGACAUUCAGUUGAAAUCACUACGCCAGAAAUGACUGAAAAAAUUCAUCGUAUCGUCAUGGAAGAUAGCCGACUGAAGGUGCGUGACAUAGCUAAGAUUGAAGACAUCUCGAUAGAUAAGGUGCAUGAUAAGGGUAUCAACGAGAUACCUAUCCUAAGUGUGGCGUUACUAUGUGCCUGGCCACCAUCACCGAACGCAACGAAAUUUGAAAUUAUUGUAUUUAAAAUUCGGUGGUUCACUUGUUAUUUGAGCAGUAUCUUAUUAUUGCUUCCGUUGCUAAAUUCAAUUUACGAAUAUCGUGAUGAUCCCGAGAUUUUAGGAAAAUCAGUUUGUUUGUCUUGCGGAUGCAUUCAAGUCACAAUCAAGAUGAUGAUAUGUGCUACUCGAUAUACUCAGUUCCAGAUAUUAUAUCAUGAAAUGGAAACAUUUUGCAAACAGGCAGAUGAAAAAACAAAUGUUAUGUUGCAGCGUUAUGUUGAUAAGUACAAAAGUAUUUAUGGCAUUUAUUCUUUAUGGUGCUAUCUAACCGCUAUUGGCAUUAUUUGUGGACCAUUAUUUCUCCCACAAGAGUUUCCGACUUAUGCAAAAUAUCCAUUUUCUGUCGAGCAUCCGAUAAAAAGUAUUAUUUAUUUACAUCAAUCAUUAGUCGGCUUACAGGCUUCAUCCGGAAUAUGUAUCGAGUGCAGUAUUGCAGUUCUUUUGUUCUAUUCUGCAGCAAGAUUAGAUCUGUUAGCCCAGAAAAUGCGCAAUAUCAAAAAGGAGAACGAAUUGAACGCGUGCAUUAAACUUCAUGAUGAAAUAUUAAAAUAUACAUGCAAAGUAACUAAUACUGUGGCACCUCUAGUUUUCACUACAAUAUUUACGACAGCUAUGGCAAUCAUUUUCGGAAGUUUAAAUAUGGUUACUGAACAACCAAUAACAAUCAAGAUCCUGUAUACCAUUGUAGCAUUCAGUGCCAGUUUGGAACUUUUUAUGUGUGCUUUACCAGCUGAUAAUUUAAUGCAUACGAGUACAAAUAUUUGUAUGGGAGCAUAUGACUCACAAUGGUUUCAAGGAAAUAUAAGCAUGCAGAAGAAGAUCAUCCAAAUUAUUUUCAGAUCACAGGAACCCAUAGUUAUUCGCAUCAAUGCUAUUCUUCCAGCUUUAUCAUUACGUUACUAUGCAGGGUUUUUAUAUACAUCUUGUUCUUAUUUCACUGCUGUACGUAUGAUGGUCAACGAAAAUAUUAAGAAUUAAAUCAAC